AUGGAAGCCACUUCAAAUCCUGGAGACUUGAACGGCAGUGAAGACCUACCCAUGUUGAGUCCUGGCGACUUGGAAGCAAAUCCAGCGGAUGCAUCCGCGGCAUCCCCUGCAUCCCACCUGCCCGCGACCGGCAACACUCAAAUGGAUCACAACUCCACGUCCUCUGCCGAUUUCGCGCAUCACCAAGCAAACGAACCCACCCAAUACCCCGCGGACUUCCUGCAAUUCAGGGGAAUAGUUGACCAUCAGUUGCAACAGAUGCCAACCGAGGCCCUCGUCUCGGCUGCCGACAUCCUCGGAGUGGAAGCCGCCUUGCCGCCACUCCGGGUGGAUCAUGAGGAGAUUGAAGGUGAGUUUUGGUUCAUCAUGGACGCGAGGCGUGCGCGUUCAAAUUUAUCCCAGGAGGUCACUAGCACCUUGGAUCGGCUCCAAAACCUCACAUUGGGCCCAGUCCCUUCUGAUCCUCCUGAGCAUGAAACUUCAGCAUGUUCUAUAUGUUUGGAAGAUUAUGCCGAAGGCGAUCAUCUAGUUGUGCUACCCUGCCACGACUCCCACCAAUUUCACCGGGAUUGCCUAGAGAGUUGGCUCCAAGGUAACUUCAAUUGUCCUAUGUGCAGGGACAGCCUUGGACGGCCACCUCCCAGCGGCUAA